AUGGGUCGCUUUCAAUUUUUGCUAGCAUGCGCUUUAGCUCUACUAGCUUCUUCAAUAACCUCCGCAGAAACAGUGGAGCAUUUUUUCCUUGUGCAAAACCUAACUGUCCAACGGUUGUGCCAUGAGCAAGUGAUAACCACAGUAAAUGGAACCCUGCCUGGUCCUGUAAUAAGCGUUCGAGAGGGUGAUAACCUUGUGAUCCACGUAGUCAAUCAGUCUCCCUAUAACAUUACCAUCCACUGGCAUGGAGUGUUUCAACUAUUGAGUGGAUGGGCAGACGGACCUUCAUAUGUAACUCAAUGUCCCAUACGUCCUUGCCAAACUUAUGCUUACAGAUUCAACAUCACUAGACAAGAGGGGACUCUUUGGUGGCAUGCUCAUGCCUCGUGGCUCCGUGCAACUGUGUAUGGAGCACUUAUUAUCAAACCAAGAUUAGGAAAAUCUUAUCCAUUUCUAUCUCCUUACAAAGAAUUUCCGAUCUUAUUGGGGGAGUAUUGGGAUGCUAAUGUCGUUGAUGUCGAGAACCAGGGUCUAGCAACAGGUGCCGCACCUAACAUUUCUGAUGCUUUCACAAUCAAUGGACAACCUGGUGAUCUCUACCCUUGUUCUCAAACUGGCACAUAUAAGCUUGAGGUGAUCCAAGGAAAAACCUAUAUGUUACGCAUCAUUAACGCUGCACUCAAUAACCAACUGUUUUUCAAAAUAGCCAAUCAUAAAAUGAAAGUUGUAGCAAUUGAUGCUGCUUACACCGCACCUUAUGUCACUGAUGUUAUUGUCCUUUCUCCCGGCCAAACCACUGAUGUUCUUUUCACCGCUGAUCAACCUUUGGGUUCUUACUACAUGGCCGCAAGACCCUACAUUUCUGCCCCUGCCCCUGCCCCUUCCCAACGCAUACCGUUCGAUGACACAACCACAAGUGGCAUCAUUGUCUAUCAGGGUGCCAAGUCAUCAGCAACUCCCAUAAUGCCAGCCCUACCAGCUUUCAAUGACACACCCACAGCUUACAAGUUUUACUCCAAUCUCACUGGCUCUCCACUUGGGCCCCAUUGGGUCCCAGUGCCACGUCAGGUGGACGAGCACAUGUUUAUCACAUUUGGGAUAAAUCUUGCACCAUGUGGAGGAGGGAGUGCCAAGUGUGGAGGUAUAUUUGGGCAGCGAUUUUCUGCGAGCAUGAACAAUGAAUCAUUUCAGCUCCCUAGUAAAUUGUCAAUGUUACAAGCAUUCUAUAGCAAUAACAAGAAGGGGGUUUAUACCACUGAUUUUCCUGAUAACCCACCAUUGGUGUUUGAUUACACUAACCUGAGCAACGCUCGCAAUCAGUCCAUAAUAUUUGCACCAAAGUCUACCAAAGUAAAGACACUGAAGUACGGUUCAACAGUGGAGAUUGUUCUUCAGAACACAGCCUUACUAGGAACAGAGUCUCAUCCUAUCCACUUUCAUGGUUUCAACUUCCAUGUUUUAGCACAGGGUUUUGGAAAUUACGACUCCGAAAAUGAUCCCCGAAAGUUCAAUUUGGUCAAUCCACAAAUACGUAAUACUAUAGCCGUGCCAACUGGGGGUUGGGCUGUUAUAAGAUUCACAGCAAAUAAUCCAGGUGUUUGGAUGGUACAUUGCCAUCUGGACGUGCACUUGUCAUUGGGUUUGGGCAUGGCUUUUGAAGUUGAGAAUGGACCCUAUUCUACGCUGCCUCCACCGCCAAUUGAUCUACCCAAAUGUUAAUAUUUCUUUCACGGUGUCACCGUUGUUAAUGUUUUCUUAUAUUCUUUCAUUCUCUAUUUGUAAUUUGGUUUUUCAAAUUUCUCAUGAUUGGUUUGCAACAAAUUUGUCAUAAAUUUUCUUUUUGGUUGAUACCUUAAAUUAGGGGAAGGGGAUCAAACCCGACCUCGCCGUUAAGGAGAAUAAAAGGUGCCAACAAUGACAUUGGCAUUUGUGAUGAAGUUAAUCA